AUGCACACGUCAGCCGAGAAGCAGUUUCUGCCGAUAGGGCAGGGGUUCGUGACGGGGUCCUCUCUGGACACGAAAUCAUGGACUUUUCUGGUGUUACUGCUGCUGGUGAUGCAAAACAUGGCAUCAAUCAUUUUACAACAUUCUCUUCAGUCACAACCAGCGUCCAACCCCAACAGAUAUGAUCCGCUGUCGGGCAUCAUCUUGAUCGAGGUCCUCAAGUUCCUCAUAUCCUUUUUAGCCAUUGUGCAGUCAGACACAACUGCCUCUUUCCGGAAUGUACUUCAAGGGACGGUCCUGAAUGUCUCCAGUGAUGCCACGGCGGCCGCGCUUUUUUUCACCGCUGCCACCAUCCUUCAAAGCAUAGGCGCACAUUACCUCGACUUGAUCCCUUAUCUGGUACUCUCUCAGCUCAAGACCAUCGUCACUCCUUUAUUUGCACGCAUCAUUCUGCACCAGAGGUAUCCACUGCGCAACUGGCUUUUCAUCGCAAUGAUGGUCCUGGGCAUUGUGCUCGCCCAGCUGGGCUCUGGCUCUGAUGCAAUCAAUACCAAGGGACUCAGGACCCAAGCCAUGGUCCGUGGAGUGAUGGCAAUGGUCCUUGCUGGAAUCUGCGUUGCCCUGGGCAGUCUGUGCAUUGAGCGGACCUUGAAAAAGUCCGGCCUCCUCUUUCAGUGUAAUGCUCAAUUGGCAGCCUACAGUUCCUCCAUUGCACUGGUGUACUUUUGCUGGCAGACAAAGUUCCGCUUUGAUCAUUUCUUCCGCGGGUUUGAUGCCCUGGCGUUCACGAAGAAUUAUGCUCAAGGGUUAGGUUUUGCAUUGGCGGUUUUUACACCGCCCUUGGUUGCUCGCCAGCAUAUCAGUUUCCAGUUGCUCAUUGGCGUUGGUCUCAUUUUGGCCUCUGUGCUCGGGUCUUCUGCAUCUAAUCAAAAACCACCUAUUGCAGAUGAGACCCUAUCUGAAAAAAGCUCACUCACGAAUCCAGUUUGA